AUGACGGGAAUCAAGGAAGGUAUCACAGGAGCGGACAUCUUAAAGAGAGCCAAAAAGGGAAUCUCAUUAGAGGACCUUGGGAUUGAGGAGUUGAGGACCAGACGUACGAUGACAGGGGCAACGCUUAUAGAAAUAGCGGGAGAAGGAAAUGAGAGAAAAGCGGAUGCAUUGGCUGCGAGAUUAAGAGGAAUAUUUGCGGAGACAGAGGUGCAGGUGAGGAGACCAGUCAAAAAGGCAGAAAUAAGAAUCGUGGGUCUCGAUGAAGACACUACGGAGGAAGAGGUGCAGUUGGCAGUAGCGAAGGCCGGAAGAGGAGACAGUAAGGACAUUCGGACAGGAAAGAUCGCGAGAACGAGGAUGGGAACGGCGAUAGUAUGGGUUCUGUGCCCUUUGAAAGUGGCAAUGGAGGCUACGAAAAGCGGAAAGAUUAAGAUAGGUUGGACAAACGCGAGAAUAGAAAUGUUACAGGCGCGACCGAUACGAUGUUUUCGCUGCAUGGAAAGUGGACACGUUAGGGACAAAUGUACCAAUGAAAUAGAUAGAACAGGUAUGUGUUUUAAGUGUGGAGUUACAGGGCACAAAGCAGCGAACUGCGCAAACAGACCGCACUGCCCGAUUUGUGAGAAAAGGGGACAAGACGCGAAUCAUAGAAUGGGCAGUGUGAUCUGCCUACAGAACAAGGAGAACGGAAGAAGCACGGGGAAAACUAUACGGAGGGUAGGAAAAACGGACGGCGAAUAUGAUAGUGUUACAAACUAA